GUGGCAUUUUAUCUGAACAGGAGGGGAAAGCAGACAGAUGCUUUUGAGUGCCCCAUGGCUGCAGCUGCCUCAGUUCAUUCAUUUAUUGCCUAUUGUAACUUGGAAUCAUUCUUUAGGUCAGUUCAUCUUCUGGGACCCAUCCCUGCCUUCUGGUUAAGGAAUCUAUGCACACAUACAGGAUGACUCAACAGAGGGAUGGAUGUUCAGAUACCAGAAAGGUGCUGGUAACUUGACAGGAACUUCCACAUUCUUUGGAGGGAUCUACUGUAUGUGAGACCUUUCAGGAAACUGUGCAGUUUGAAUACAUCAAAUCGUUCCAGUAUCUGAAACUUUCAUGAUGAAAAGAGCUAGGCAGAAAGUUGUGGUUGAAAAUGAAGCUCCUCAAACAUCACAGAAAAGCAAAAAACAGAAAACUUGUUUAUAUGGCUCAGUGUUUGGUGAAUCUAACUUGCAUGCCUCAAUGGAUUGGGGAGGCCUUCCACACCAUGUUAUUCUGCGUAUUUUUCAGUUUCUACCUUUAGUAGAUCGAGCCAGGGCAUCUUCUGUUUGUCGAAGGUGGAAUGAAAUUUUUCACAUCCCAGAUCUCUGGAGGAGAUUUGAAUUUGAACUUAGCCAGCCAGCUACUUCUUACUUAAAGUCUACACAUCCUGAUCUCAUUCAGCAGAUUAUCAAGAGGCAUGCUGAUCAUCUGCAGUACGUCAGCUUCAAGGUUGAUAGCAGUACUGAGUCAGCAGAAGCAGCCUGUGACAUCCUUUCUCAGCUGGUGAACUGUUCUAUCAAGACACUGGGUUUGAUUUCUACAGCAAAACCAAGCUUCAUGAAUGUCUCUAAGGCCCAUUUUGCUUCAGCACUGACAGUAGUUUUUGUAAACUCCAAGUCAUUAUCGUCAAUCAAGAUAGAUGACACACCACUUGAUGAUCCUUCCUUGAAGGUUCUUGUUGCUAACAAUAGUGAUACUCUAAAACUGCUAAAAAUGAGCAGCUGUCCUCAUGUAUCACCUGCUGGAAUUCUUUGUGUUGCUGACCAGUGUCAUGGACUUAAGGAGCUGGCUUUGAACUACUACAUAUUAAGUGAUGAACUGCUGCUGGCUCUUUCAAGUGAAAAACAUGUUGAUCUUGAACACCUUCGCAUAGAUGUUGUGAGUGAAAAUCCUGGACAAGUUCAAUUUCACACUAUUAAAAAGCAAAGCUGGGAUGCUUUUGUUAAACACUCCCCCAAAGUCAACAUCGUGAUGUAUUUCUUCUUAUAUGAAGAAGAAUUUGAUGCUUUCUUCAGAGAGGAAACCCCUGUUACACACCUUUACUUUGGUCGUGCAGUAAGCAAAGCAAUGUUAGGUCGUAUUGGCAUGAAUUGCCCAAGGUUAAUUGAGUUGGUUGUGUGUGCUAAUGGACUUCAACCUUUGGACGAUGAACUUAUUCGGAUUGCUGAGCGCUGUAAGAACUUAACAGCAAUGGGACUUGGUGAAUGUGAAGUAACUUGCAGAGGUUUUAUUGAAUUUGUAAAGAUGUGUGGGGGCAGGCUUACCCAGCUUUCUAUAAUGGAGGAGGUACUGAUUCCAGAUAGUGAUUAUAGCUUAGAUCGCCUUCAUCUGGAAGUCUCCAAACACCUUGGAAGAAUGUGGUUUCCUGAUAUGAUGCCAACGUGGUAAAUUCUCUACAUUUUUGGUAAAAUGGUAGAAUCAGGGUGUUGCUUUCUAUGCAAAUAAAUUUAAAAAUGAAAUGUGAAAACUUAUUUCCAGAUUUGAGUUUUUCUACCAUGAGAACCUCUAGUAGUGUAACAGUAAACCAUUCUAGAAUGUUAAUGGUAUAUUGAAAUAGAAAAUAGAUUAAGUGUACUUAACACUUCUGAAAGUAUGUCUGUGGUUUACAGGUGCUUCAAACUUCAGUGAACUUGGGCUUCUCUGAGCUUCAGUUUAAAUAUUCCAUUCACAUUAAAGUUGGUUGGAUUUUUUGGCAUUUUUCUAAUGUCUUUGUUUAGUCUUUCUGAUGUAUUUAGAAGAGGACUAGAGAAACUUUUUUCCUUAAGCAAAUCCAUCUUUAUGGGAAGCUGGAUACAACUUUGAGUUCAGUAUUAUUUGUCAUGAUGUUCUAUGCAGCUAUUUUUCAAAAUAUUCAUGUUAUAAAUGUAAAAGCUUGUACAUUAAAAUACACUAGCCCAGGUUACUCAAAUAUAGUCUAGCUUAAACUCAUGGCAGUGUAUUAAAAUGUUGUGGUAAAUAAGCUUAUGCUUACAAAAAACUUUUCCAGUUUUAAAUUGCACUUUAAAUAAUUUUGUCAGAUUAGCUACACUGUAGAGACUACAUUGUACAGUAUGUUGUUUUUCUGUCUUACGCAUUAAAUUGAUGGGAAAGAGACCUUGUUAAAAUUAACGGAUUUAAAAGUUUGGAUCUAGAUUGAUUGGGUGAAUGACAAAGCACUUC